AUGUGCAAUCCUGUAUUUCUUUCUUUCUUUCUUUCUUUCUUUCUUUUUUUUUUCUUUCUUUCUUUCUUUCUUGCUUUCUUUCUUUCUUUCUUUGUCGUCACUCCUUUAUUUGCUUUUUAUAGUUUUCUUUCUUUUUUUCUCUUUUUCUUUUCUUCUUCCUAUCUUUUUACUUUCUUUCUUUCUUUCUUUCUUUUACUUUCUUUUAUAAUUAUAUUUAUUUUAAUUCGCUUCUUUCUUUCUUUCUUUCUUUUUUCCUUCCUUCCUUCCUUCGUUCUUUCUUUCUUUUCUUUUCUUUCUUUCUCCCCUUCCUUUGCUUUACCCCUACACAAUCCAUUCCGACAAUCUACACUGCUAAUAAAUUACUUUUUCCCUCUCUCUAUAUGUCUUCCUAUUUUUCUUAAACUCUCUCCCCCUUUUGUUGCUCACUUGCUCACAGCCUCCUUGUUUGUAAAAGAAUAUAAAGGCAAUUUGGCAUCAGAUGAGCCAAAUUCAACCGCAAAUCAUAGACUUCUUAAUUCUGCUCACUUUCUUCAUUUUAUUUCUAGCGAAUCAACGCAAGAAUUUGUAUCAGUGGAACAACUAAUUAGAAUUGAACACUAUCUAUCUAUCUAUCUAUCUAUCUAUCUAUCUAUCUAUCUAUCUAUCUAUUUCAGUACAUUCAUUAUCUAUCUAUCUAUCUAUCUAUACACGAACAUAUAA